UGCAGAACUGCCUUGCUUUCAUUUGUGUUGGGACCACAGGUUAUUUACCACUGGACAAAGGAGUGGUUUCAAGGACUCUACCAUGAUUUUCUCUUUUCUGCUUUGCUUCAGCAUUGUGCUGGGCAGUACAGCAGGAGGCCAUAAUGCUCGGAAUUCAGCAGCCAACAGUUAUUACAGAUCAGGUUCAAGCAUAAACACUAAUUUGGGAUUCCAACGGCACCUGGUUCGGCUGAUCAAUAAUACCAAAAACCCAGCAGAAAAAGAAUAUGAUUCCUAUAAAAGUGAAUAUCUUCUUCGUAAAUAUGAAGUGGCCCCUGCCAAUUUUUCAAGAUGCUCUGACAAAGGAAUCUGCUCCACAUGGGGAGCCAAUCACUUCUUUACCUUUGACAAUGACCUCUAUCAGUUCAGCGGGUCUUGCAACUAUGUUUUAGCAACUGUCUGUCAAAGUACCACCCCAGAGUUCAACAUCCAAGUGCAGAGGUCAGGGGGGGCCAGCAUAACCCGAAUCAUCAUUCAAAUCGGCCUCAUCAAUGUAGUGGUCCAAGGGAGCACAACUGUAGUACUGGGAAGGACAAUUGCUUUGCCCUACACAGCAAAUGGCAUUGAAAUUACCAAAACCGGAGCUGUGACCAGGCUGUACGCUAAACAAAAGGAUUUUGAGCUCAUAGUAACAUGGAGCACCGAUGGCAAUCUCAUGGUGGAAGUGGACCAGAGAUUUAUGAACAGAAUAUGUGGACUCUGUGGAAACUAUAAUGGUAUCCCCAAGGAUGACUUUAUGGUGGAUGGAAAGUUAGCAAUGCCAUACCAGUUUGCUAAUUUGCACCAAAUUGACGACCCUGGUGUAACAUGCCCCUUUCAAGUGCCCCCAGGCAAAACUGCACCUAAAAAAAGCUAUACCGAGGAGUGCUACUCUCUUCUGAAGAAAGUCUCCUCUUCCUGUUCGGUGUCCAGAAUUCCUUUCCUGAAACUGUGCCAGCUGGACAUGCAAAGCUGUGCCCGACCUGGUGAUGCAAGUUGUGUUUGUGCAACCCUUGCACAGUAUUCCAUGAGGUGCGCCAUGUGCAACCAGCCCAUCAAUAAUUGGAGGACCAAACAGCUCUGUCCCUUGGAAGCUUGUCCCGCCAACCAGAUAUACAGAGAGUGUGCAGCACCUUGCAGCCCCACUUGCUCUAAUCCUACCUACACCUGCUCAUCACACUGUGUACAUGGAUGCUUUUGCCCACCAGGCACCGUUCUCGAUGACCUCUCAAAAAAUCUCACCUGUGUUCCUGUCAGCCAAUGUCCCUGUGUUGUCAAUGGAAAACGGUACUACCCAGGGGAAAGAAUUAAAUCUGACUGCAGUGACUGCAAAUGCCAUAUGGGCCAGUGGAGCUGCACCAGCACCCCUUGUCCUGGGAGAUGCUCUUUAGAAGGGGGAUCAUUUGUUACAACAUUUGACACAAAUAUGUAUCGGUUCCAUGGAGACUGUGUCUACAUCCUCGUCACUAACCGAAAUCCAGACAACCAAUGGACUAUCAUGGCGACAUUUGAAAAGUGCGGCACAAGCAGCACUGAAACCUGCUUGGAAAGUAUCAUCUAUACAGCAUCAACAGGAGCUAUAGUAAUGUCCAAGGAAGAUCACAUUACUGUGGAUAGCCAGAUUAAGCAGCUGCCUUUUAAUAGUGAGGAGGUCAAUGUGAUCAGAGUGUCCUCUACAAACUUUGCCCUUUCCACAAAGUUUGGCCUAGAGAUUGUGAUCCAUAGAGCCCCAGUCCUUAAUGUCUACAUUAAGAUGAGUAGAAGCUAUUUUGGCACCACCAAAGGUCUAUGCGGUAACUUUAAUGGUGAGACGAUGGAUGACUUCAUGUCCAGCUCCGGGGUUAUAGAAGGAACAAUACCAAUAUUUGUGGAUUCAUGGAAAGCAGCUUCAAAUUGCCUUCCAGCACAAAACAGUGAUGUUAAUCCUUGCUCCUUGAGUUACUCCAAUGAAAACUAUGCAAAAAGUCAUUGCUCUGCACUGAUGAACAGCAACAGCCCAUUUGCAGCCUGCAGUGCCCUUGUAAACCUGGAUCAAUAUUACACGAAAUGUGUCUAUGAAGCUUGCAAUUACCAAGAGACCAAUAACUUCAUCUGUUCUGCCAUGGCUUCUUAUGCUCGGGCCUGUGCUGCUAAAGGGGUCAUUCUACAGAACUGGAGAGAAAGCACCAACUGUACUGUGCAGUGCCCUGGCAAUCAGACUUACAGCUAUAACACCACCUCUUGUGGUCGAACCUGCCUAUCCCUGUCAAACAAAGAACUGGAAUGCUACCCUAAUGACAUCCCCGUGGAAGGCUGCAAUUGUCCCACAGGAUUCUAUCUGGAUAACAAAAAUAUGUGUGUACGAAAAGAGAGUUGCCCUUGUUACCUGGAUGCUAAUACAAUUCUCUUGCCCCAACAACAAACCACAUAUAAUGGCCUCACAUGCAUAUGUUCAUCAGGGUCACUGAACUGCAUUGGGUUUCUACAAGCGGCACAAGAAAGUUGUCCUGCUCCUAAGAUGAUGAAGACGUGUGAUUCCCUGACAGAUAAGUACGGAGCCGCCUGUGCCCCUACAUGCCAACUCCUGGCCACAGGCAUUAGCUGUAUUCCCACCAAGUGUGUAAGUGGAUGUGUUUGCCCUUCUGGUACAUAUGAAGACUUGGAUGGCAACUGUGUUAAUCAAACUGAUUGUUCAUGUGAAUUUGGGGGCGAGAUCUAUAAGACAGGAGACACUAUGCAGAGUGAAUGCCAGAGCUGCACAUGUAAUGGAGGCCACUGGAACUGUGAGGCGAAUCUAAACUGUGCAUCCACGUGUGUGUUGUACGGAGAGAGUCACAUCAAAACCUUUGAUGGCCAACAAUUUGUGUUUGAAGGAAACUGUGAAUAUACCCUAGUGACGGAUGGAUGUGGGGUCAACAACUCUUUGUCUUCAUUCAAGAUAGUGUCAGAGAAUGUAGUCUGUGGCACAACUGGUGUUACCUGCUCGAGGGCAAUCACUGCAUUCAUUGGGGACACUACCUUGAAAAUGUUUGAUGAAAAAUACACGGUAACAGGAGUUAACGAUAUUAAAGUGCUAAACAACACUCUCUUCAUUGAAUUUGUGAUCACCAUACCCCAUAAGUUCAAGAUCUCCAUUCUGUGGAAUAAAGAUAUGAAUGUAUUCAUCAAGGUUUUCAAGCUUGGCAAGCAAUCUGUCUGUGGCCUGUGUGGGAAUUAUAAUGGCAACGUAAAGGAUGACUACCAGACACGAAGCAAGUAUGUCACCUCCAAUGCUCUGGACUUCAUCAAUUCAUGGAAGGAAAGUCCAAUGUGCAAUAAUGUCAGAUUAAUAGUGAGCCCGUGUGAUGCAAAUCCGCACCGCAAGCCCUGGGCCACAAGCUCGUGCUCCAUUAUAAACAGCCAAACGUUUGAUGCCUGCCACAAAGUGGUGAACAGUCAGUUAUACUAUGAAUCCUGUGUGAAUGAUGCAUGUGGCUGCGAUACAGGAGGGGAUUGUACCUGCAUGUGUGAUGCCGUACAGGCCUAUGCCAAAGCUUGCCUGGCUGCUGGCGUUUGCGUUGACUGGAGAACACCAGAUUUCUGCCCGGUUUAUUGUGACUACAAGAACACACACGUUUCUACAGGGGAUGGAUAUGUCUACAGUCCUGAUGUUAACUGCACGUGGCAUUACCAGCCUUGCCAGUGCCCUUUUGCUCUCCAGGCCUACCCACACCAAAACUUUGAAGGUUGCUACCAGUGUGGACCCGAUAAAUACUUUGACCCAGAACAAAAUACUUGCUUGCCAUGUGUUGAACAUUCAACAACAACAAUAGAGCCAUCUACUUCAGGAACAUCAGUUUCCACACCAGCGACAACUCCAGUACCAACAUCAGCAACUGCAACAACAGUUACCACACCAGGGACAACUCCAGUACCAACAUCAGCAACUGCAACAACAGUUUCCACACCAGGGACAACUCCAGUACCAACAUCAGCAACUGCAACAACAGUUUCCACACCAGGGACAACUCCAGUACCAACAUCAGCAACUGCAACAACAGUUUCCACACCAGGGACAACUCCAGUACCAACAUCAGCAACUGCAACAACAGUUUCCACCCCAGGGACAACUCCAGUAUCAACAUCAGUAACUACAACAUCAGUUUCCACACCAGUGACAACUCCAGUAUCAUCAUCAGCAACUGCAACAUCAGUUUCAUCCAGCCCACCAGUCACAAUAACAACCCAUGAAACUCCAACAUCAACAGUCACAACACCAAGCACUCCCUCCACCACUCAUCCUACAACAUCAACAGUGACAAUCAGUACUCCAGUUCCAACUUCAACUGAAACAACACAUACACCAUUCACAUCCCAUACAACAACCACUCCAAGCACAACUUCUCCAAUAACAACUACAACUGUAACUACAUCUACUCCAAGCACACCCCAUACAUUAACAACAUCCUCAACAAUACCUUCUACUACUCAUCCAACAUCAACCGUGGCAAGCAGUACUACAGUUACAACUUCAACUAAAACAACACACACCUCAUUCACUUCCACAACAACCACUCCAAGCACAACUUCAAUAACUUCUCCAAUAACAACUACAACUGUAACUACAUCCACACCAAUCACAACCCAUUCUUCAACCACUUCCCCAACACCAACUACAACUUCUCCCACAACGUCAUCAGUGACAGCCACUACUACAGUCUCAACUACACCUACCUGUUGUAUUACAGCCUCUACUCCCCCUACAACCACAACAUUACCAGAAACAACUACGUCAAUAACAACUACAUCUGAACCUACUACAACUGUAACCGCUACAACAACAACUUCUCCAAUAACAACUACAACUGUAACUACAUCUACUCCAAGCACACCCCAUACAUCUACAACUUCUACUACUCAUCCAAUAUCUACUGUGAGUACUCCAGUUACAACUACAACUGAGACAACACAUACUUCAUCCACAUCCCACACAACAACUACUCCAAGCACAACUUCUCAUACAACAACAUCAACAACUUCUCCAAUAACAACUACAACUGUAACUAAAUCUACUCCAAGCACACCCCAUACAUUAACAACAUCCUCAACAACACCUUCUACUUCUAAUCCAACAUCUGUGACAAGCAGUACUCCAGUUACAACUUCAACUGAAACAACACAUACUUCAUCCACAUCCCACACAACAACUACUCCAAGCACAACUUCAACUUCUCAUACAACAACAUCAACAACCUCUCCAAUAACAACUACAACUGUAACUACAUCUACUCCAAGCACACCCCAUACAUCUACAACUUCUACUACACAUCCAAUAUCUACUGUGAGUACUCCAGUUACAACUACAACUGAGACAACACAUACUUCAUCCACAUCCCACACAACAACUACUCCAAGCACAACUUCAACUUCUCAUACAACAACAUCAACAACUUCUCCAAUAACAACUACAACUGUAACUAAAUCUACUCCAAGCACACCCCAUACAUUAACAACAUCCUCGACAACACCUUCUACUUCUAAUCCAACAUCUGUGACAAGCAGUUCUCCAGUUACAACUUCAACUGAAACAACACAUACUUCAUCCACAUCCCACACAACAACUACUCCAAGCACAACUUCAACUUCUCAUACAACAACAUCAACAACUUCUCCAAUAACAACUACAACUGUAACUACAUCUACUCCAAGCACACCCGAUACAUUAACAACAUCCUUGACAACGCCUUCUACUACUCAUCCAACAUCAACCGUGACAAGCAGUUCUCCAGUCACAACUUCAACUGAAACAACACAUACUUCAUCCACAUCCCACACAACAACUACUCCAAGCACAACUUCAACUUCUCAUACAACAACAUCAACAACUUCUCCAAUAACAACUACAACUGUAACUACAUCCACUCCAAGCACACCCCAUACAUCAACAACUUCUACUACUCAUCCAAUAUCUACUGUGAGUACUCCAGUUACAACUUCAACACCACAUACCUCAUCCACACCCCUCACAACAACUACUCCAAGCACAACUUCAACUUCUCAUACAACAACAUCAACAACUUCUCCAAUAACAACUACAACUGUAACUACAUCUACUCCAAGCACACCCCAUACAUUAACAACAUCCUCGACAACACCUUCUACUACUCAUCCAACAUCAACUGUGACAAUCAGUACUCCAGUUACAACUUCAACUGAAACAACACAUACUUCAUCCACAUCCCACACAACAACUACUCCAAGCACAAUUUCAACUUCUCAUACAACAACAUCAACAACUUCUCCAAUAACAACUACAACUGUAAUUACAUCCACUCCAAGCACACCCCAUACAUCAACAACUUCUACUACUCAUCCAACAUCUACUGUGAGUACUCCAGUUACAACUACAACUGAGACAACACAUACUUCAUCCACAUCCCACACAACAACUACUCCAAGCACAACUUCAACUUCUCAUACAACAACAUCAACAACUUCUCCAAUAACAACUACAACUGUAACUACAUCUACUCCAAGCACACCCCAUACAUCAACAACUUCUACUACUCAUCCAAUAUCAACCUUGACAAGCAGUUCUCCAGUCACAACUUCAACCGAAACAACACAUACCUCAUCCACGUCCCACACAACAACUACUCCAAGCACAACUUCAACUUCUCAUACAACAACAUCAACAACUUCUCCAAUAACAACUACAACUGUAACUACAUCUACUCCAAGCACACCCCAUACAUUAACAACAUCCUCGACAACACCUUCUACUUCUCAUCCAACAUCAACCUUGACAAGCAGUUCUCCAGUCACAACUUCAACUGAAACAACACAUACUUCAUCCACGUCCCACACAACAACUACUCCAAGCACAACUUCAACUUCUCAUACAACAACAUCAACAACUUCUCCAAUAACAACUACAACCGUAACUACAUCCACUCCAAGCACACCCCAUACAUCAACAACUUCUACUACUCAUCCAAUAUCUACUGUGAGUACACCAGUUACAACUACAACUGAGACAACACAUACUUCAUCCACAUCCCACACAGCAACUACUCCAAGCACAACUUCAACUUCUCAUACAACAACAUCAACAACUUCUCGAAUAACAACUACAACUGUAACUACAUCUACUCCAAGCACACCCCAUACAUUAACAACAUCCUCAACACCUUCUACUACUCAUCCAACAUCAACCGUGACAAUCAGUACUCCAGUUACAACUUCAACACCACAUACCUCAUCCACACCCCUCACAACAACUACUCCAAGCACAACUUCAACUUCUCAUACAACAACAUCAACAACUUCUCCAAUAACAACUACAACUGUAACUACAUCCACUCCAAGCACACCCCAUACAUCAACAACUUCUACUACUCAUCCAAUAUCUACUGUGAGUACUCCAGUUACAACUUCAACACCACAUACCUCAUCCACACCCCUCACAACAACUACUCCAAGCACAACUUCAACUUCUCAUACAACAACAUCAACAACUUCUCCAAUAACAACUACAACUGUAACUACAUCUACUCCAAGCACACCCCAUACAUUAACAACAUCCUCGACAACACCUUCUACUACUCAUCCAACAUCAACUGUGACAAUCAGUACUCCAGUUACAACUUCAACUGAAACAACACAUACUUCAUCCACAUCCCACACAACAACUACUCCAAGCACAAUUUCAACUUCUCAUACAACAACAUCAACAACUUCUCCAAUAACAACUACAACUGUAAUUACAUCCACUCCAAGCACACCCCAUACAUCAACAACUUCUACUACUCAUCCAACAUCUACUGUGAGUACUCCAGUUACAACUACAACUGAGACAACACAUACUUCAUCCACAUCCCACACAACAACUACUCCAAGCACAACUUCAACUUCUCAUACAACAACAUCAACAACUUCUCCAAUAACAACUACAACUGUAACUACAUCUACUCCAAGCACACCCCAUACAUUAACAACAUCCUCGACAACACCUUCUACUUCUCAUCCAACAUCAACCUUGACAAGCAGUUCUCCAGUCACAACUUCAACCGAAACAACACAUACUUCAUCCACAUCCCACACAACAACUGCUCCAAGCACAACUUCAACUUCUCAUACAACAGCAUCAACAGGUUCUCCAAUAACAACUACAACUACAUCUACUUCAAGCACACCCCAUACAUUAACAACAUCCUCAACAGCACCCUUUACUUCUCAUCCAACAACAACCGUGACAAGCAGUACUCCAGUUACAACUUCAACUGAAACACCACAUACUUCAUCCACACCCCUCACAACAACUACUCCAAGCACAACUUCAACUUCUCAUACAACAACAUCAACAACUUCUCCAAUAACAACUACAACCGUAACUACAUCUACUCCAAGCACACCCCAUACAUCAACAACUUCUACUACUCAUCCAAUAUCUACUGUGAGUACACCAGUUACAACUACAACUGAGACAACACAUACUUCAUCCACAUCCCACACAACAACUACUCCAAGCACAACUUCAACUUCUCAUACAACAACAUCAACAACUUCUCCAAUAACAACUACAACUGUAACUACAUCUACUCCAAUCACACCCCAUACAUCAACAACUUCUACUACUCAUCCAAUAUCUACUGUGAGUACUCCAGUUACAACUACAACUGAGACAACACAUACUUCAUCCACAUCCCACACAACAACUACUCCAAGCACAACUUCAACUUCUCAUACAACAACAUCAACAACUUCUCCAAUAACAACUACAACUGUAACUACAUCUACUCCAGGCACACCCCAUACAUCAACAACUUCUACUACUCAUCCAAUAUCUACUGUGAGUACUCCAGUUACAACUACAACUGAGACAACACAUACUUCAUCCACAUCCCACACAACAACUACUCCAAGCACAACUUCAACUUCUCAUACAACAACAUCAACAACUUCUCCAAUAACAACUACAACUGUAACUACAUCCACUCCAAGCACACCCCAUACAAUAACAACAUCCUCGACAACACCUUCUACUUCUCAUCCAACAUCAACCUUGACAAGCAGUUCUCCAGUCACAACUUCAACCGAAACAACACAUACUUCAUCCACGUCCCACACAACAACUACUCCAAGCACAACUUCAACUUCUCAUACAACAACAUCAACAACUUCUCCUAUAACAACUACAACCGUAACUACAUCUACUCCAAGCACACCCCAUACAUCAACAACUUCUACUACUCAUCCAAUAUCUACUGUGAGUACUCCAGUUACAACUACAACUGAGACAACACAUACUUCAUCCACAUCCCACACAACAACUACUCCAAGCACAACUUCAACUUCUCAUACAACAACAUCAACAACUUCUCCAAUAACAACUACAACUGUAACUACAUCUACUCCAAGCACACCCCAUACAAUAACAACAUCCUCGACAACACCUUCUACUUCUCAUCCAACAUCAACCUUGACAAGCAGUUCUCCAGUCACAACUUCAACCGAAACAACACAUACUUCAUCCACGUCCCACACAACAACUACUCCAAGCACAACUUCAACUUCUCAUACAACAACAUCAACAACUUCUCCUAUAACAACUACAACCGUAACUACAUCUACUCCAAGCACACCCCAUACAUCAACAACUUCUACUACUCAUCCAAUAUCUACUGUGAGUACUCCAGUUACAACUACAACUGAGACAACACAUACUUCAUCCACAUCCCACACAACAACUACUCCAAGCACAACUUCAACUUCUCAUACAACAACAUCAACAACUUCUCCAAUAACAACUACAACUGUAACUACAUCCACUCCAAGCACACCCCAUACAAUAACAACAUCCUCGACAACACCUUCUACUUCUCAUCCAACAUCAACCUUGAAAAGCAGUUCUCCAGUCACAACUUCAACCGAAACAACACAUACUUCAUCCACGUCCCACACAACAACUACUCCAAGCACAACUUCAACUUCUCACACAACAACAUCAACAACUUCCACUACUCAUCCAAUAUCUACUGUGAGUACUCCAGUUACAACUACAACUGAGACAACACAUACUUCAUCCACAUCCCACACAACAACUACUCCAAGCACAACUUCAACUUCUCAUACAACAGCAUCAACAAGUUCUCCAAUAACAACUACAACUACAUCUACUUCAAGCACACCCCAUACAUUAACAACAUCCUCAACAGCACCCUUUACUUCUCAUCCAACAACAACCGUGACAAUCAGUACUCCAGUUACAACUUCAACUGAAACACCACAUACUUCAUCCACACCCCUCACAACAACUACUCCAAGCACAACUUCAACUUCUCAUACAACAACAUCAACAACUUCUCCAAUAACAACUACAACUGUAACUACAUCUACUCCAAGCACACCCCAUACAUCAACAACUUCUACUACUCAUCCAAUAUCUACUGUGAGUACUCCAGUUACAACUACAACUGAGACAACACAUACUUCAUCCACAUCCCACACAACAACUACUCCAAGCACAACUUCAACUUCUCAUACAACAUCAACCACUUCUCCAACAACAACUACAACUCUAACUACAAUCACUCCAAGCAUACCCCAUACAUCGACAACAUCCACAACAACACCUUCUAUCACUUAUCCAACAUCAACCGUGACAAGCAGUACUCCAGUCACAACUUCAACUGAAACAACACAUAUUUCAUCUACAUCCCACACAACAACCACUCCAAGCACAACUUCAACAACUUCUCCAAUAACAACUACAACUGAAAGUUCAAGUACACCCCAUACAUCAACAAGUCUUUCUACUCAUCCAAUAUCUACUGUGAGUACGCCAGUUACAACUACAACUACAACUAAAACAACACAUACACCAUUCACAUCCCAUACAACAACCACACCAAACACAACCUCAACGUCUCAUACAACAUCAACAACUUCUCCAAUAACAACUACACCUGUAACCUUAACGACUCCUUCUCCAAGCCCAUCUUCACCAUUGCAUCCAACAUUUACUACUUCAGUUACCAGUCCAACAAUAAGCCAUACAUCAACAGCCAGUUCUUCCGUAACUCCCACCAGAACCUUAACUACCCAGUCAACAACUCCUCACAUAAUUUAUCCUUCUUCAACCCAUCCUCCCCCAACUGCUCCUAUUGAAUUUUCAACUUCAAUACAUUCUACAACAAUCAAGCCAACAGAAAUUACAUCAACAAGAAUCACUACUGUGACCCCAAAGCCUUCCACUUCUGUGAUAGUCAAAACAACACCAACCACUUCUACAACACUUUCUAAAACAACCAGCACCAGUCAUAUGGCAUCUACAAAGUUUCCAACUUCACAAACAACACAUCCCUCUAGCUCCUUAGCAUCAACCAUUUCUACAACCACCAACCCCCCAGUUACCACAACUAAAACUACACCUCCAGUUAGCACAACCAACAUGACAGUCACACCAGUCACUUCAGAGUCAACCACCACAGUUACCUCAACAGCAACAACUACUGAAACAAAACAUACAGAGGCCACACAUACCACCACAAUCAGCAACUCUUCACCAUCAAUUACUGUUACCUUUCCAGUUACCUCUAGCACACCCAAAGAAAACACAACAACACAUCACACGACCCCCCAUGUCACAGCGCCUGAUCAACCUUCGACAUCUACCCCAGCAAGCGUAUGUAGUAUCCAGCAGUACCAACACACAAUAACACAGAAUGGCUGCUCUGCUAAUGUCACACUGACUAAAUGCCACGGCUACUGUGAAUCCGAGUCAUGGUACAAUGAUGACUUCACGUCCGUGGAGGAAAACUGUGGCUGUUGUGCGCCCCAACUGAACACAGCACAAAGCAAGGAUGUUGACCUAAAGUGUCCCAAUGCUACAAAAUCAGUCACCGUCACCAUCAAGAUCUUCAAAGAAUGCAUAUGCAACUAUAAGCCGUGCGCAAAUUCCGCCAAAGCAAAUCCCGGCAAAGCUCUUGCAUAGGCACGAAAGAAUCAGGGCCCAAAGCAUGAAAAGAUUCUACAAAAGUGGUUUUCGACUGCAUUGUUUUCUGUAUAAUUCCACAGGGAGUUAAGAUAUUUAGUGGCCUCUCAUCAUAUCCUUAUCAUUUAUGUUGCCAAAGAAAUAUGUGCAUUUUGAGAAUAUUUAUAUAAUGUACCCUAAAAUUCAUCAUUCAAUCAUUCUUAACACAUUCCUAAAUAGUAUUAGUCCAAGUUUACCCAUAAUCCUUUGGGUAGACUCUUGCUCCUUAUGUUUCAUGUCCAUGCCUGGUUUGUAAAAUGAUAAUGAUUUGUAUCCUCUUCUUUGAAGGAAUAAAGUUUCUGUCGCGCAGG